CCCGGGGAAGGAAGGCAGCGGCGGGCAUGCAACGGGGCCGGGGGGAGGAGGAGGAAGAGGAGGAAGAUGAGGAUGAUGGCGGUCCGGAGAGGGCUCUGGAGAAGAGCCCCUUCCAGCUGACGGUCGGGGAUGUCUAUGACAUCUCCUCCGUGGUGGGCCGGGACCUGCUGCAGCUCAGCGCCGGUACAACGGUGCCCGCCGCCCUGUCCCGGCUGCAGUUCAGGAUCGUGAGGGUGUUGGAGAUGCUGGAAGCGCUGGUGAGCGAGAGCAGCCUGGCCGAGGAGCAGCUGCGGCUGGAGCGGGACAGCCUGCGGCGGGAGCUGGAGAUGCUGCGGGGAGAGGGGCCCCGGGCCAGCGCCCAUCAGCUCAGCCUUGGACCUGACAAAGUGAUAAUAGACCUCACAGACCCAAAUCGCCCCCGGUUCACCUUGCAGGAGCUGCGAGAUGUGUUGCAAGAACGUAACCAGCUGAAAGCUCAGCUUCUGGUAGUGCAAGAGGAGCUACAGUGCUACAAGAGUGGAAUUAUCUCACAGAAAAAGGACCAAACUGAGGAACUGGAAAAAGAAGGCAGUGGCCCUGGAACGAGCAAGAACAAUGAAGAGAAGACAAUUAUCAAACGGCUGUUCUCUUUUAAGCAUGGAAAAUGAGCAUCCUCAAGGGCUUAACCACUUCUGCUCAGAAAUGACACUCUUAGGAACUCUCAGGCACAAGAGGAGUCAGCUGGAAGAAAAAGCAUCACUUAUUGUAGAGAAUAAGCAACCUCAGCUGCCUUGUAUCAUAUUUUUUCAGAACAGAUUUUCCUUUGCUUUCUUAGAAACUGUUUAAGACAUAUACUUUUUGUAUUUCUUUAGAGUCCAGACAGCCAUUACCUACCUGUAGAGAAUAAAAGUUUAUACAAAGGUGGUUUUUAUUCUUAUUAAAAGAAUCUGAUGAUCUGUACUACCACUUAAUUAUCCUGCCCACCUAUCAAAAUUCAGAUGAUUUUCCAAGAUGAAGAUACUUUGAAGAGCUUCAUCCCAAAAGUGCAUUUAUCAAGAAGUGCUGGGAAGGAGGAACUCAUUCAGACUGCAGUCCCCACAGCUCUUAUGUGGCAAAGCAAUUAUCUUGCACCAACUCAAGAACUGUGUGAAGAAAACCCCAGCACUGGUUUGUGCUGUGUGUGUUUCUUUGCUGGGCCAUCCACAGACAGCAGCAGGCAGAAACCUCUCACACCCCAUCCCACCAAAGGAAAAUGCAGUUGGGAGGUGAUAAGAGGAGUGGCUGUUUGGGGUUGAGAUGAAAAAGUAAAGCUCAGCAAGGGAAGAAAAGCUGCUGCAUCUUGCUCUGCCCACCUGAAGGACUGAUGUCUUUUCAGAGGUGCAGAUUAAAUACUUAAGCUGGAACAGAUGCAAAUAUUUAAUUUCUGACAGCUAAAGGUCUCCUGUGGUACAGUUGUGUUUUUCAUUUCCUCUGUUCUUUCAGGCAGCUGUCACUAGCUGGGUGUUAGCACAAGGAAUGAGAUUUAUCACGAGUGGAAUGCAGAUAGGGCAAACAGAGGAGUAUAAAAAUAAGCUUGAAAGGUACCAAUUAGGUUCCACAUUUAGAGCAGUAGAAUUUCCAGAGGAAAGGCUGAACAGACAUAAAAGGAGCAGUGACAGGUAUCAAAUGAUGCUCUCAUUCUUUUCAGAACUGAAAGCAGGCUCUGAACCUAGCAGCAUGAAAAAUAUAGGACACUUCAGACAUCUGCUGAGAUGCAGAGUGUGAAUGUGGUUUGUCAGAAGGCAGAACUGCAGCCUCCUUUCUGAGAGAAUUUGUUAUCAGCUUUGCCUUUGCAAUGCAACAAAGAUGUCUGACCUAAGCAGCUGGUUUAGCCAGGACACACAACUCCUAAACUCAAUUUUCUACCUUCAAAAUACUAAUAAUAAGCCCUGGACAUGGCCCUACAAGGUGUUUUCUUGAGCAUGGUAGCAGGGAAGGAAGUUUACUACAUUUCCUUAGCAGAGGCUUUGUGUUUGGAGAAAAAUUCAAAAUGAACUCCAUCCUAUUUUGUGAUUUAUCCAGAGAUGUGUUUUUCAAUCUCCUUAAAAAAUUAGGGGAAAUUAAGCCCCAACACACACUAAUCACUACUGAAUCUUACUGAAACAACUUCAGGCAAUGAAUUGUGCAGAUUAAACAAAACUGUGCAAAAGUAACAACCUGCCACGGAGGCACAGGAGACUAACAUGGCCCUAGGCCACUCUGCAUUUUGUGGAAGGAGACAAUGAAAGCUGCAUUUUCCUC